AUUAUUUUUAUUAGAUAUUAUUUAUUUUGUUGAAUUGGAUCAGACUUCUAUUUUUAAAUAAAUCCCUACAGCUACACUCUAAGAAUAGUGGUGUCUUGUCCUUUUUUUGUCACUGGUCAUUGCACAGUGGCCACACAAGUGAGAGAACCGAACAUUUGAAGAACAACAAAUAAUGUAGACAGAUAAACAAACCAGCUGGACAGUGUUUGACAUAAACCAACUAAUGUGAGCAUUUAAAAUUGAAAGACUGAGAAAAUUUUUGUUCAGCUAUGCGUCUGGUAGUUUUACAGUUCCUGGCAGGAUUUUUUGGAGCUCUAAGCUCAGUGUUCCUCCUGGGAUCUCUUGGGUCUGAUUACUGGCUUAUGGCAUCUGAAUCUUGUGGAGAUGCUGCUCUUUUCAAAUUAUGGAGAGUCACAAAGGAUAUCUCUCAAGCACAACCAGACAGUAGCAAUCAUGCUGAAAACUCACUUCUGUUCUACCACGAGGGUCUUUUUUGGAGAUGUUCCUACCAUAGGGGUUCAAGUGGACAACAGGGCAGCAUACUGGCUUUUUUAAUAACCAAUCAACCUUGCCAGAAGGUCUGCGUGCCAGCCUACUUGUCUCAUUCUCCGGUUUCUGGACUUCCCAAUAGUGUUCUAACCUCAGACUCUGCCACAGUGCAAAGGGCCUUUUGGUGUGUUAUAUUUGUGCUGGGUGUCAUCUUGGUUGUGACUGGUGGGUUUGUCACAAUUUGUGCAACCCUAGGGACCAGCCAUCGCCUUUAUGAGACUGGAGGGGCUCUCUUUAUAACCGGGGGAAUCUUAGUCAUGUCUGUAGUGAUGCUGUUUGCUGUGUGGGUCCAGGUCUCAGACUCUUUAGAGCAGUAUGGCCUCCAGCGCAGACGCUUAGUAUGCAACAAUCUGCAGCUCAGUGUGCACUAUGGUCCGUCUUUUAUGCUGGCUCCCACUGCUGCCUUCCUCUGCCUGCUUACUGGCCUCCUUCUCCUGCUUAUUCCAUCAGUCAGCAAAGCAUCAGCCAGAGACACAGAGAAUCAGCCAUUCUCACUGUGAGAGGAAUGUGUGUAGAGUUAUGUAAUAUUUUCCUAAAGUAUUUUUCGGAAUGUGUAUAGUUUUCUGCCCUCCAUAUACAACAAAGGGAGAUUUCGGAGGACAUUUUACAUAAGAAUAUAAUUGAAAGUAAUCAAAUUUUUAUAACAUUUUAAUAAAGCAAUAAUUAAAUGUAUCUGGGGGCCACAAGGGGAUGCUACAGGGUUUACAGAAAAUAUUUUAUAACUAUCCAUGAUAAUUUCAUCAGAAAUUUCAAAUAGCUUUUAAAGGUGGGGAUUUUUAACUUUUUUUGUUCUACUGACACCCACAGCUCUGAAAAGCUAUAGUUACCAUUUACUUUCACUGUAUCUAAAAGAGCAAAAUUUUAACCCCAAAAAUGUAGCUAAACUUCUAGUUUUGUGUAGAAAAAAAAGUGAUAACUGAAUUGUUAUUUAUAUAUUUAUUUUUAUCAUUACCAGAUGCACUAUUUCUUUAAGACUGUUAAAAGGCCAUAAUCAGAUACAGGUGAACAUUUUGAUUAAGCACUAAAAUAGCAAAAACUGCAAAAACAGCCUAAACACAAACACAUACAGUAUUUUUUUUAUAUUUGCAUGUAUUUACAUGUAUAUAUUUAUAUAAUUUAUAUUAUAUAUUAAUAUAUUUAAUAUAUAAAAAUAGCAUAUUUUUCUUAAAUAUAUAAAUGCAUGAGUAUGUAUUUAUAUAUAUACAUAAUAAAUAUACACAUUACACACACAUACAGUACAUUAUGUAAAUAAAAACUUAUUUUGGAUGCGAUUAAUCAUUUGACAGCACCAAUUAUAAUAUAAUUAUUAUAGAAAUAUAUAUAUAUAUAUACAAAGUGAUAAAUCCUCCUGAUUACCAGUCCACUACUGAGUUUCGUCCUCUGUAGUGGACAAUAUCUAAUCUGACUGAUUAUCAAAUCUGACUAAUUUUGUGUUAAAAGUGUUUUUAAUAAAUCAUCAUCUCUGGUAAAUUAUAUGGGCUUUCAAAUCAAAAUAGAAUAUGAUUUUCUGUUAUACAUUUCCACUGUAAAGAACACCAAGCAUGUUCAUUAGACAUUUUAGGAGACACAACAAAUGAAUAGGGAAAAAAAUAUAUACCUAUGAAAUAUUAUUUAUUAUAAUCUCAUUUAUUAUUAUUUAUUAUCAUACCCGCCAAUUAAUACUCCCACUAUUACACUUAUUUUUUCAUUAUAGGUUGUCCCAAAAAACACAUUAAUAUGCAAAUUACAUACAGUUUAUAGAUACAUUGUAUAUAAAUGCAAAACAAUGCAAAAAAAUGGUAUAGCAAAUCCUUCUGUUACAUCUUUCAUAACAUAGUUGAAAAUCAUCUUUAUAUAAAGUUUGGUAUAAAAAAAAAUAAAAAAUGUAUUUGUGAUUAAAACAAAAAUCUAACUGUU